AUGGCGUCGUGGGACCCUCGGAAUCAUAUAACAUGGCUGCUGACGUCUUCUACAGUAUAUGCGGAUUUUGACGACGACCUUAUAGAGUACAUCGUAAACGGUCACGAUGGGAUCCGAAGAAAACUAGCUUUGGGCACCGCACUGAAUAACAAUGGAACGUUGCCGCCGGCAAAAAACAUGUACGGGAUGGUAUUCUCUGGAAAUAUAGAAACGGAGGCUCAAAGACUUGCUCAAAAAUGUUCUUCGCGUGUACGUGGUACUACAGGUGCACAAAACAUAAGAUUCUUUAAAGACGAAAACUUAACAUUGUUGAAUGAUAAAGAACUUGUGGAUAUUGCAUUGAGUGAUUGGUAUGCACCUGUUCAAAUUUUUGGUCUACACAAUGAAAACAACACAUACAAUGACUUACGGCUCGAGUCAUUUGCUAACUUGAUAUAUUACAAGAACAACGACUUCGGAUGCGCUUUGAAAAGAUGCAACACAACUAGUAAACGUACUCCACUCGUUGCCGUUCUUAUAUGCCUCUACGCGAAUCCGCCAAUUCUUGGACAACCUCUUUACGAAACGGGAACAGCUUGUUCGGACGACAACGAUUGUACAGUUUUACCGUAUUCAUUAUGUGCUGAUGGGAUUUGCAUAACUCAUGUUUUGUUUCCUCGUCCAGAGCCCAACGAAAUUUGUCCGCAAAAUGUGAACAUGACCGAUACCAUUCGAGAGAAGUUUCAUAACACACAUAAUAAGUUUCGGGCAAAACUUGCUCGAGGAUUCAUUCAAAAUGAACCGCGACCCAGUCCGACAAGUCUUCUCGAGGAAAGGAUUCUCGAAAGAGAUGUACCAAUAGAGUCAGAUGAUCUCAAAGACCUAGAAGAGGCUAGCACUACCUCAGAACAGCCUGAUCAACAAAACGCAUCGAACAUACAGGAAGAUCGGCUACCGACCGCUGGUGAUAUGUAUUACAUGAUGUACGACUGCGAUCUCGAAGCUGAAGCUCAGCAACAUGCUAGUGAAUGCUCGUUGAAAAUGUCGAAUUCCUUCUCGAGAGAAGAUGUUGGAGAGAACGUUCACGUGUUUUCCGGUAGCUCACGCUCCCUGCAAAAUGCUGCAGAAAAGGCCGUUAAUGCAUGGUGGAAUGAAAUGCCCAACGAAAGAUUCAACAAGGAGAUGAUAUUCACCGAAGAGAUGAGUUAUGACAAAACGAACUCAUCCCUACGUUUUACUCAGAUGGUUUGGGCUAAGUCAUAUCGUCUAGGAUGUGGUAUCCAAAACUGUGCUGGCAAAUUAUUUGUCGUAUGUCGCUAUGCUGAACGAGGGAACAUCGUAGGAAACCACAUCUAUCGCGCUGGAUCACCAUGCGAGUUCUGCAGCGAAUCAUGUGCUCCUAAGGUAGGCCUGUGUAGGCCCCCUACGUGA